AUGGCUGAUCUUUUCGGAGUUGCCAGCCAAACAUUUGUCAUGAACCACGAAAAUCCCGUUCCAGGCUGGGAUUUGGAACACCGCAUUUGCAAACCAACGCUCUUCAUUUUUUUUUACGCUGGCCACGGCACGAUCAAUCAACUUAACGAACUUUCUUUUACCACGACCAACAAGGAAAAAUUUGAUCCUUGGCGCACCAUCGAUCGUGAAUUGAAUUACCAGACUUACCCUAUGGAUACCUUCUGCAUCCUAGAUUGUUGUUAUUCCGGUACUGCUAUUGCGAGUAACCCGAUGACAACCCAUGUCUUAGCUGCUGUGGCUCUUCGGCGUUUGCGAGAUCCCCGAGUUGCGCAGACCAUGCGAAAGCUUUCUCACUCUGGCAAGAUGUCUAUCUCGACAGAUGAAAUUUUCAAUGCGGUACAGAAUGAAACUCCUCGUGGCUGCUACAUGCCAAGAUUUUCGAGUCAUAAUGGGGUGAAUCCCAUUGUCUUACCUUUUCAAGUCACGUCUACUUCAACCCCUCCUUCGCCAGGAAUUUCGUCUUCUGGUCAUACCUUAAGUUCGAGCCUAGGUCCGGAAUUAUAUUCCCGCCCACUAUCACAACUUCCCUCCAGCCGCGAAACUCACGUCCUUAUUCUACUCCUUCUCGAAGGAAACCCGAAGCUAGUUGUCCAAGACUUUGAAAAAGUUGUUGAAAAACUGCCGGCCAAGUUCAAAGUGAAAAUCACAGAUGCCUAUGAAACCAAUGCAUCUGCGGGAGUCUUUGUGCGCAUGACUUGGGAGACAUAUGCACGGUUCUUGUCAAGCGUAGAACUAGACGCACUCCUUCCUGUGAUCGGACCAUCACUGAUUCGCACACAUGAGCUCCGCGAGAUUUCGGUCCGAGCUGGCUGA